AGGAGCCUCCUCUCGCUUUACGGAGGAGCCUGCUGCUUGCAAUUCCUGCUCUUCGUGCCAGAGCCUGCAGCUGUCUCUGGUGCGUCCCACCGCCGCUGUUGUGGGAAAUCGUCGCCCCGCGUGACGAACCGACGGCGGACUCUUUUCCCCAUUGAAGUGUCAGCGUGAAACUGAAGGAUAUCGCAACUUUUCAACAAUUCACAACACAGUUAGGAGGCUGAAUGAAGACACCUGACAACUCGUAACGCCCCAUCCGCGUGCUGACUGAAAUCUUUGCAACUGUGAAGGCUAUAGGAAUGUGGAAUACAAGUCUCUCUCAGCGUAACAGGACCUGCUUCUGCCCCUGACACCAUGACCACAGACCUGAACCUGACCUAUAUGCUGAAUGUAACAGAUCUCCACAAUCACACACGAGGAUGUUCCCUCAAGACAGGUUUCCAGUUCUACUACCUGCCCACCGUUUACAUCAUGGUCUUCCUCACGGGGCUGGUGGGCAACAGCCUGGCCAUUUGGAUGUUCGUGUGCCACAUGAGACCGUGGAGCAGCAUCUCCGUCUACAUGUUUAACCUGGCUCUGGCUGACUUCUGCUAUGUCCUCUCGCUGCCCUUCCUCAUCUUCUACUACUUUAAUAAGACAGACUGGAUAUUUGGGGAUGUUCUGUGCCGGCUGCAGCGGUUCAUAUUCCAUGUGAAUCUUUACGGGAGUAUUCUGUUUCUGACCUGCAUCAGUGUUCACAGGUACACUGGGGUCGUGCACCCGCUCAAGUCUCUGGGCAGACUGAAGAAGAAAAAUGCAGUGAUCACCAGUGCGCUGGUGUGGGUGGUGGUCGUUAUAGGUAUAUCCCCCAUCCUGUAUUAUUCCAGGACUGGUUUGAAGCGUAAUGCAACCACUUGUUACGACACCACCACUGAGGAUGAGUUACCUGGUUAUUUUAUCUACAGCAUGACGUUGACUGUGUUCGGGUUCUGCAUCCCCUUUAUUAUCAUAUUUUGUUGCUAUGGCAUGAUCGUCAAAGCGUUAAUCUACAAUGACAUGAACAACGCGCCCCUGCGGCAGAAAUCCAUCCACCUGGUUAUCAUCGUGCUCGCGGUCUUCGCCGUCUCCUACCUGCCUUUCCACGUGAUGAAGAACCUCAACAUGAGGGCCAGGCUGUACUUCCAGAGCCCCGACAUGUGUGAAUUUAAUAACCGCGUCUACGCCACCUACCAGGUGACGCGAGGGCUGGCCAGCCUCAAUAGCUGCGUGGAUCCUAUUCUUUACUUCCUGGCUGGGGAUACCUUCAGGAGGAAGCUGUCACGGGCCACUAAAAAGCCCUCAAGGAAGGGGGACAAUGUCCUUCAGUCCAAGAGCGAGGAGACGGCUCUCAACAGCCUGGCUGAGUAUGUGGAGAAUGGGGACCGGAGGCUGUGACAGGGCACCUCUGUGUCAUGGGUGUGGAUCUCUAUUAGCUUUAGAAACCGUGAUGGACUUUGUACUGAAUAAAUAAAUGCACUGUGUGGACUGAAGGCUGUGUGUAAAACUUCAUGGUCGAUAGUUUGUAGAACUGUAAGGUAAAUACAUUUAACCCUGUGAUAACCAUCGCUCGCUUGCAGCCUGUCGAUGUUGAUAAGCUAUUGUACUGUAUCGUCCUGUAUUGUACUCUAAAUGUCACAGCCAUCACUCUUCAUUCUUACUGAGUAGUCGCUGUUGCUUACACUCUGGACAAAAUGAACAUUAAGAUCAGGCAAGCUGGGGAAAUAGGUUUCCCUCCAAGCUAUAAUGUCCCGUUCAUCAAAUUUGUUCUGGAGAAAUAGGACUGAGAAUGGAUCGCACCUCCUCUAGCCACUGAGCUGAUGCUUAAUCAAUAGCUAUUAAGCAGGUGAGAGCUUGUGGUUAGGGAAGUGUACCUGAGGUGGCUUUUUAGAGGAAAAAAAAGUAAAUGCACUGAUCUUGAGACUGCUGCAUGGAUGUGCCGUGUAGACGUUGCAAUGCACUAUGACCGGGGACUCUCUGCUCAGAGGGCUACCUAUCACUCCUUGUUUCGUUCCCCAUCUAUUACUGACUAGGCGAGGAAUGUGGUCGUGUAGUUUUUCAUGUUGACAGCUCUGAGGUUAAGGUCUGAAACGGCUCUGUUACCACAAUCUUUCUCUCCUUGUUAACUUGUUCAAAAAAGAGAAGAUAAAACUUACAGUGUUUUUUGUGUAUAUGAUAAUACGAUGAAUGUUUUUUUAAAGGUGUGCUGUACAGGAUAUUGUGAUGUUCCAGACUGUGUUGUUAACUGUUUUGUUCAAGUCAGUAUCACUAAUCCAGACCUGUAGUGCAUGAGUCCGGUAUCAAAUCACCAUCAGUGAAACAGUGACUAACCACAGCAGGUUCUAACCAUUGCAGUGUUUAUUGCAGCGUAGGAAAUAAAUAAUAGCUUCUUAAUGAGUAUAAACGACACACACUCACCUGCUUUGUGACUCCAACAUAUUGAAGACUUGUUUGUAUGAGAUACCUCAAAUUAAAUACUGCACUGUGUCCAUUUUGACAGGUGGCCAUUUCUCUUUUGCAUCUCUUGUAUUCACUCUGGAGAAAUGAUCGUGGAGCUCUCACCAUGUAUAUUUCACCCUGGAUUACGUAGGUGUUUGAUGUCUGUGCUAAUACCUUUGUAAAUCUGUAAUGUGGUCAGCUGUUGUCAAGAACGGAAGUGAAUCACCUGUACAGGAUAUUUGGGGCCACGUGUAUCUUCGUCAAUAAAUUUUUUAUAUUUAAAACA